AUGCCACAGCCACCGAAAGCUGGAAGAGGCGAGAAAGCAGAUUCUCCCCCAGAGCUCCCGGAAGGAAUCGGCCCUGCCAACAUCUUGACUUUAGCCUGGCUGCGGGUGCUGGACGCCGCCGGCAAGCUCGUGCUGCCCGGCGGCAUCGACACGCACACGCACUUGCAGUUCCCCUUCAUGGGCACGAGGUCCGUCGACGACUUCCACCAGGGCACCAAGGCUGCCCUGGCAGGAGGCACCACCAUGGUCAUCGAUUUUGCCAUUCCUCAGAAAGGCAGCUCCCUCGUCGAGGCCUUCGAGACCUGGCGAAGCUGGGCUGAUCCCAAAGUCUGCUGUGACUACAGCCUUCACGUGGCAGUGACAUGGUGGAGUGACCAGGUUAAAGAAGAAAUGAAAAUCCUUACCCAAGAUAAAGGUGUGAACUCUUUCAAGAUGUUUAUGGCAUAUAAAGAUCUGUACAUGGUGAGCGACAGGGAGCUGUACGCGGCCUUCUCUCAGUGCAAGGAAAUCGGAGCGAUUGCUCAGGUUCACGCGGAAAACGGAGACCUAAUUGCAGAGGGAGCAAAGAGGAUGUUGGCGUUGGGGAUAACAGGCCCCGAGGGCCAUGAGCUGUGCCGCCCAGAAGCAGUGGAGGCAGAGGCCACGCUGAGAGCCAUCACCAUCGCCAGCGCGGUGAACUGCCCUCUCUACAUCGUCCACGUGAUGAGCAAGUCCGCAGCAAAGGUGAUAGCGGAUGCGAGGCGAGAUGGGAAGGUGGUCUAUGGAGAACCCAUAGCGGCGAGCCUGGGCACAGAUGGCACUCACUACUGGAAUAAAGAAUGGCACCAUGCAGCCCACCAUGUUAUGGGUCCACCUUUACGACCAGACCCUUCAACUCCUGACUACCUCAUGAAUCUAUUGGCUAAUGACGAUCUAACCACAACAGGCACUGACAACUGCACUUUCAACACCUGCCAGAAAGCUCUUGGGAGGGACGAUUUUACAAAGAUUCCCAAUGGGGUGAAUGGCAUUGAGGACCGGAUGUCAGUAGUAUGGGAAAAAGGCGUGCAUAGUGGUAAAAUGGACGAAAACCGGUUUGUGGCAGUUACCAGCACAAAUGCAGCUAAAAUCUUUAAUCUCUAUCCAAGAAAAGGAAGAAUAGCUGUAGGAUCGGAUGCUGACAUUGUGAUUUGGGACCCAAAAGCCACAAGGACUAUUUCAGCAAAAACUCAUCAUCAGGCUGUGAACUUCAACAUCUUCGAAGGCAUGGUUUGCCAUGGGGUGCCCGUAGUGACUAUUUCCAGAGGUAAAGUGGUAUAUGAAGCUGGAGUUUUCAGUGUUACAGCAGGAGAUGGGAAGUAUGUUCCCCGCAAACCAUUUGCUGAAUACCUUUACAAACGGAUCAAGCAGCGAGACCAGACUUGCACACCUACCCCUGUGGAGCGUGAACCCUAUAAGGGAGAAGUCAUCACACUGAAAUCGAGAGAGACAGAAGAAGGCUGCACAGCUGGAACUAGGAAACAGACCCGCCCCUGACCUGCAUGCUGUUGGUAAGGGACGGUGGACAAAGAAAUCAGAGAAAAGGAUCUGCUGUUCCCAUCACAGCUAAAUGUUGUGAGCCCUGAGAAGCAGGCCUUAUUUCAACUCUCCAAGAUCCGUUUGAAAAAAUAAUCGCUCUAGGCCUCUUUGAUUUCCUUUCAGAAACAACUGCCGUCAUUCUCACUCUGACUUUGCUGCUGUGUAAGACUGAAGAUGUAAAUGAAUAUUAUUGUGAUGGAAAGUCUGUGUGAAAAUUCAUUGAUGAUACUUUAGAAUGUCAUCUUUGCUUGUACCCGAUUUCUUACCUUGAAUUUUUAAAAAUCACUUUUUUGUUUAGAGUUUUUUUAAUGACGGCAUUUGUUUAAAAUAGCAAACUCUGUGAUUUUAUACCCUAUUGUAAUUAAUAAACAUUUAGAUCUUCAUUAUAUACCUU